AUGUUUUUGGCUGAGAUCGGAGAGUACGAGGUUGAGGUAGUCGUCCCAGCUGGAAGCAAACCAGGGGACAGCUUGACAGUGGACGUGCCGUGGAUUUACUUGGGCGAAGAGCUCACAGGGGAACCCGCAGCAACUGAGCAAAAUCUUCGGAGUAAGAAGCCACGCCGACAAGUGAGCUUCACAGAAGAAGAGCCCGCAGUGCUUCUUUUUGCACCGGAGCUUGGUGGUUUGCAGGAGCCCUGCCAAAGAGAGAGAAAGGAGUUCGAAUCUGUGGUGGAGAUCAUCGUUCCAGAUGGCACUUUUGCCGGAGAUGUGCUAACAGUGCAGGUUGAUGGCUCUGACUUGGAAGUGGUGGUGCCUGAUGGUUGCGUGGCAGGACAGAUGUUGACCGUGCACUUGCCGGCAGACAGCUUGCCAGAAGGGGUGGACCAGAGCACAAGUUCGCCUGGCCAGACAGGCGAAGAGACGGUUGAAACUGAAAAUGAGCGGACUGAGACAUCGGUGGCAGGGCCUGACGCUCCGAGUGAAGGGACGGCUUUGGGCGAGGACUCGAGUGACCUAAGGAGCGAGGAUGCGAAGCGCAGUUCUGACGCACCGAAGCAAAUUGCUCCUUCCGCAGCAGAGUCAUACAUGGACGCAUGGACGGACAAUGCGGCAAAACCCAGAGAGGCAGAAGCAGAGCCACCUGAAAUGGAAACUCCGGCGCGCAGACGUCCCAGUAAAGAGAAACCCGCCUGGAGAGCAGACCCUGAUAAGGCAAAUGUAGAGGAGAGUCAGGAGGUCGACUCCAAGGCUAAGACAACUGCGCAGACCGAGGGGGAAGAGCAUGGGAAGCAGGUGAGUCCCGAGGCUAAGACAACUGCGCAGACCGAGGGGGAGGAGCACGGGAAGCAGGUGAGUGCCGAGGCUAAGACAACUACGCAAACCGAGGGGGAAGAGCACGGGAAGCAGGUGAGUCCCGAGGCUAAGACAACUGCGCAGACCGAGGGGGAAGAGCACGGGAAGCAGGUGAGUCCCGAGGCUAAGGCUAAAGAGGGGGAAGAACACGGGGAGCAGGUGGGUCCCGAGGCUGAGACAACUGCGCAGACAGAGGUGGAAGAGCACUGGGAGCGGGUGAGUCUCGAGGCUAAGACAACUGCGAAGACCGAGGGGGAGGAGCACGAGAAGCAGGUGAGUCCCGAGGCUGAGGCCACUGUGCAGACAGACGUGGAAGAACACAAGGAGCAAGUGAUGUGCAAGGCUGAUGCCAUUGUGCAGACAGACGUGGAAGAACACAAGGAGCAUGUCAGUUGCAAGGCUGAGGCCACUGUGCAGACAGACGUGGAAGAACACAAGGAGCAGACGAGUUGCAAGGCUGAGGCCACUGUGCAGACAGACGUGGAAGAACAAAAGGAGCAGGUGAGUUGCAAGGCUGAGGCCACCGUGCAGACAGACUUGGAAGAACACAAGGAGCAGGUGAGUUGCAAGGCUGAGGCCACCGUGCAGACAGACGUGGAAGAACACAAGAAGCAGGCUGAGGCCACCGUGCAGACAGACGUGGAAGAACAAAAGGAGCAGGUGAGUUGCAAGGCUGAGGCCACCGUGCAGACAGACUUGCAAGAACACAAGGAGCAGGUGAGUUGCAAGGCUGAGGCCACCGUGCAGACAGACUUGGAAGAACACAAGGAGCAGGUGAGUUGCAAGGCUGAGGCCACCGUGCAGACAGACGUGGAAGAACAGAAGGAGCAGGUGAGUUGCAAGGCUGACGAGCAUUGGCAGUGGUCAGAGAACAAGGCAGACUUGCGGGCUGUGCGAGUCGCACUCAAGGGCGAAGCCUGGCGGCCGCCCUUGCCAUCGCCGGCGACUCCUGGUUCGAGCCGGUCCGAGGACGAUGCUACAGUGCAGGCCCUGAAGAUGGCACUCACCGCGAUGAAGAAGGAGAAGGAGGACUUGCAGCAGAAGCUCAAUGAGACUCUCAAAGAGAAAGUCAGAUUGGAGCUUCGUGACCGGGAGUCGUACAAUGCUGCCUAUGCGGAAGCAAUGACUACGUUGAAGCAAGAAAAUCAAGAAUUGCGAAGCAUCGCCUUGGCUGCCUUGAGGCAAAAUGAAGCAGAUGGCAAGGCUGGCAAGCGCGAACAGAAAGUCAACCUGCCGGAUGCAAGGAUCCCGGGCUCUGAGAAUGCGUGGUUGAGACCGAGUGAGAAGAAGCGAGAGGCGCCAAGGCGUGAGCCAGCGCAGGAUUCAUCCUCGAUUUCGGCUGGACCUGCUGGAGGUUCUCAUGGUAUCCGGCGAAGUCGCAGCUGCAGUGAUGGCAGCCUCCGGAGCAGUUCCAAGGAAGCACCUCCAGACAUUUGGGAGAAGGAUCUGGACAAGGACGUCGGUCUCCAGGUUCAGGCUUCACCCUGCGGCUCGGCCCGGAAGGCCACCUCCCGCCCCGCUUCCGCCGCGAGCAGAUCGGGAGACGCCAAGGAGCAGACCACCUGCUUCUCCAAGGACGUGAACUUGACGACUGCGGCCAUCUACGCCGGCGCUGCAGCGAGCGCCGAAGUGCAGGGCUGGGGUGCCACGGCCAAGGCGGCUAAGGCCGCUUGCCAACACAAAUGCAAAGACCAUCGGCCCGGACCGCCCGCACCGCCUUUACCGCCUGGACCGCCUGGAGGGGACUGGCGGGAGGAGCUUCACCAUGCAGUGAUGAGCCCGCUCUCUGCUGUGGAGCCGGCGCAAGUCUGCCAGAGGGCGGCAAAUGGCGCCAUUGUCCUGGAAGUAGGUCAGCAGGACCCGGAUCUACGCUGUGUGGACGAAGUCAACCGAGAUGAUGGCUCUAAAGGCAUGUCACCAUCCAGCCCGAGUGUGUCUCUAGAUGACGAGCUGCACACAUUUUUCACGGGUGGAGCCUACUUUGACGGAGAGCUGCUCUCAGCAUGUUGUGGCGCUUACACUCUGGUGGACGAUGGCAGUGCAAGCCACAACGGUGAUGCUGUGCCACUCUACCGCCAUGCAAGCUCGGGCUGCCUUCUGCUGGGCUCUGUGGUUUCUUUGACUUCACAUGUUCAGAAGGACACGCAGCUGGUAUUUUGCCGCGGGCCGUUGCCAACGAUGCGACGCUUCAGCCAAGGACUGCUCGGGUGUGUGGAGAUCGUUUUCGAGCUUCUUGGUGGGGGCAGUUCCCAAGGCAGAGGCUUUUCCGCGCUUCGCGAAGGGCCAGGGAGAGAGAAUGCCGGGGAGACGGGCGGAAGCGCCGAGUCCCUUUGCUACCUACCCAUCCUUGCGGAGACUUGCCACCUUCGCUCUUGGCCUGCGAGGAGUGACGGCUCAGGGCCUGCGCAGUGCUUCGUGAAGGUUGCUGACAUGCCCGAAGUCGCAGGUAUCGCCCUGAAUGGCAUGGAGCGCCGACUGAGAGCAGAAGUCUACAGUAGCGACCAGGAGGGCCGGCCAGUGCGGUCCCUGGCACACUUCCUUGCGUCCAUGGGCCAGGUGGAGGAAGCCGCAGAGCUUUGGCAGCACGCCUUGAACGAGGACAAGGCCAAACUUGGCAGCAUCCAUCUGCAGACAGCUGCUGCGGCUUCAGCCCUGGCUGCUUGUUUGGAUGACCUAGGGCGUUCCCAAGAAGCAGAAGGCUUCCACUGCGCGGCAAAAGUGGCGCUGGAGAUGGGCCUGGGUCGGGCCAGUGCGGAAGCCACAGCCUGCGAGCUUGCCUUGACGGCUUGCCGCCAUGUGCAAGGACAUGGAAGAUUGCAUGGCAUACUUCCGUCGCACGCUCAACCCGGGGUACUUAGUCUUCAGGCUGGGGAGGCGCAGGCAGUGGCGAUGCUCUUCAGUAAGGCGGUGAGUGCAGAUGAAGCCAGUGAUUCGGAGUCUUUCUACAGACAGGUUCUGUGUGUACUGCGUCGAAGCUUAGGGUCCUACCAUCCUGACACACUGCACUGCCUGAACAACCUCGCGCUUUGCUUGGGAGACCAGGGCAAACUUCAGCAAGCUGAGCUGCUUUUGCGUCGAACCCUGGCUGGAAUGGAGGUGGUGCUGCCCUCCUCGCACCCUCGCCCAAUUCAAGCGCUGAGCAAUCUGGCCUGCUGUCUAGCAGAGCAGGGCAAGCUGGAGGAGGCAGAGAGCCAUCAUCGGCGAGCCUUUGACACUUGCAAACGCAAGCUGGGCUGGAAGCAUCCGGAGACGUCAUCUUGUGCUCACAGUCUCAGCGAUUUCCUCAAGUCCUGUGGCCGCUCAACGGAGGCUGCACUGAUCGAGCUUCAAGCCGACCAACUUGGGAGGCAGACGUGGAGGCGGACGAACCGUUUCACUGGAUGA